AUUUGCCUGAUGUAGUCUGUAGUAGUCUGCGGACAUGGUUAACUGUGGUUUGUAGCAUUAUGUAGAAUACGAUUACAAAGGCCGACUUAAAAGCUUAUAACGCUUGUUUGUGUCCGUGUGAGGCUUUAACCAGAAAAAAUGACUCGCACAGUGUCAUCGAAUUUUUAGGAAUUAAUGAAAUUGAAAAAACGGAAGAGUCUGUGCGCGCAGUGCGUGAAUAUGCCCGCCAAGGUCUCAAAGAAGGUCGUGGGCAUGAUCGUACGAAGCCGAAAAUUCAUUAUUAAGGAUGGGGUCAUUACGAGUUCCGGUAUAGGAGAGGCAAGUGUGUACCAUGCUCUGGUUGUAAUAUUUUUGGAAUUUUUUGCAUGGGGUUUAUUAACCAUGCCUGUUAUUUCUGUAUUAAAUAUUACAUUUCCAAAUCAUACGUUCCUGAUGAAUGGUUUGAUAAUGGGCAUUAAAGGAAUCUUAUCAUUUCUUUCUGCACCAUUACUUGGUGCCUUGUCUGAUGUAUGGGGUCGAAAAUUCUUUCUACUCAUCACAGUAGCCUUCACAUGUGCACCGAUUCCUCUAAUGAGCAUUAAUACAUGGUGGUUCUUUGCUAUGAUCUCCAUCAGUGGUGUCUUUGCUUGCACAUUUUCAGUGGUGUUUGCAUAUGUUGCUGAUGUUACUGAGGAACAUCAAAGAUCUCCGGCAUAUGGUUUAGUAUCUGCAACUUUUGCUGCAAGUAUGGUAAUAAGCCCAGCAUUGGGAGAUUAUGUCAUGAAAGUGUAUGGAGAAAAUCUUGUGGUUGCAUUAGCAACAGCUAUUGCAGUGUUGGAUGUGUUUUUUAUAUUAGUGGCUGUACCUGAAAGUUUGCCUGAAAAAGCUCGUCCACCAGCACCUAUUUCUUGGGAGCAGGCAGACCCCUUUGCUUAUCUUGGAAAAGUUGGCAAAGAUUACACUAUUUUAAUGUUGUGUAUUACUGUGUUCCUGAGCUAUCUUCCUGAAGCAGGACAGUAUAGUUGUAUAUUUGUCUACUUGACUAAGGUUAUGGGAUUUACUGCUUUAAUGGUAGCAUUUUUUAUUGCUGUGGUUGGAAUUUUAAGCGUUGGCGCUCAAACUCUCUUGGGCGUUUUGAUAAAGACACUUGGCAGUAAACAUACUAUAAUGUUGGGUCUUCUAUUUGAGAUGUUACAACUCAUGUGGUUUGGCUUCGGUUCACAAACAUGGAUGAUGUGGGCAGCUGGAGUGCUUGCUGCUGUGUCAAGUAUUACAUAUCCUGCAAUCUCUGCGUUUAUAUCCAUGCAUUCUGAUGCAGAUAAACAAGGUUUGGUACAAGGCAUGGUAACCGGAAUGCGUGGAUUAUGUAAUGGUCUAGGGCCAGCAAUGUUUGGAGUAAUCUUUUAUCUUUUCCGCGUUGAUCUCAACGACAAUUCUCCUUCCCUUCCUGCAAGGCCAUCUCCAUUAGAUGAAAAUAAUAAAACAGGAACUGCCACGCAACAUCUUGAUAUUAUGCCACAAAUAGUAACCCAGCUUGUACCAGGACCACCAUUUGUGUUUGGUGCAUUACUUGUGAUAUGUGCAUUACUAGUAGCUGCAUUUAUACCUGAAUCAAACACAAUGCCAACUGGUCCAUUACAUCAUCCAUCCACCUCCCGGAGGCUCUCCGGUAAAUACGCAUAUCAGAAAUGUUUAUCCUUGGAUGUACAUUAUGAGGGAGACAAAUUGGGAAGCGGGAAAGGAAAAAUAGGGCCGCUGUCACCUCUAGUCGACAAUUGCAACUCUGCUGCUCUAUAGCUAUUGUAAAAACAAAGACGAGCUACAAGAAAGAAGAGGGACACGUACCUUUGUGAUAAAACUCUAUCUUUAGAGAAACGGUUACUAUCAAGUGCACCUACUACACAAGGACUUUAAAAAAGCUGUCUAUAUUGUAUUAUAUUAUAUCUUUAAGUCAAUAACUGAGGUUAUCUUAGGAUUAUCAAUCCACUUAAUGUUUAGGUUACGAAAAAUUUUACAAGCAGUGCUGUUUUAAUGACAUUUAGGUUGAGCUAAACAUUAAGUUCGAUCGUUUUAGGUAUAUUUUGUUAUAUAAAAAGUUAAAAUUUUACAUUUAAAAAAAAAAGGAGAUUGUAAUAUUAUCUUAUACCAAGUACCGGACACCUCAUUCAUUCAUUCUGAUUCAUUUAUCAGUGACUCCUGGUUUGUGUAGCUUGCCAAUGCAUAAAACGAUAAAACGAAUGAAAGUUGUAACCAGUAUUUUUACUAGACUUAUAACGUAAAAACUCUAUAACUUUUUGUGUAAAAACUUUUUUUAUAAUGUAUGUUAUUCAUCGCUUAUUAGGAUCACAUAAGAGGGGCAACAAUUUUGUAUCAUUUAUGCAAGAGCACCUGUUACUUUGAUCACCAGCAUUAUAAAUUUUCAGUUUGGGAUAUUUUCUGACAUUUUUGUGAAUCGUCUUUGGAAAACAAAAUCUUAUUUAUUUGCGGAUGUACUUUGUCUCAUUUUUCAUGCAUUCCUUUGUUUUAAGCAUACCUUUGAAUUAACGAAGAAAGAAGAGUGCAAUAGUCGCGAAAAAAAUGGAAAGACGUUGUAAAUGAAACUUUUACGUAGUUGAAAUAGGGAAUAAGUUUCCAAUCGCAUAUAAUACCUAGUAAGAGUUAGCUGAUGUUUGUAAAGUACGUUAACUAUCUUUUUUGCAUAAAUAUUUAUUUUAAUAAUUAGACAUCAACAGAAUGAAUUCAAUGGCCUUAAUCAGAAAGAAAAAGAACAAUUUAUAUGAAAUUAUACUUUGCCAUUUGAAGGCAAUGGUAGGUUUUGAUCAAGAGUGUUAUGAACAUUAUUAGUCGAAUGCUGACGGCGUUACUCAAACGUUAAAAUGUGCAUGUUAUAAAUUGGAGUCAUUGAUGUUAACAAAAUACAAUAGUGUAGUGUAUUUGUGCAUUUUACUUGUAAUUUGAAAGAAUUAGUGUCUGCGGAAUUAUAUGUGCAUUGCCAUAGUCCACAUAACUCUCUGAAUUUGAAAUCAACAUUAGAAUAAAUUUCGAUGUUGCGUUAAAAUUUGCAUAAUACUAUGUUUGUUUUAUAACAAAUGUAAGACUACUUCGACAUAUUCGAAAUGAAAUUAGCUUUAUUGUUCAUAA